GCAACGAGUAAGGUUGAUUCGGUUGUGUGGAUGACCUUCUCUCGGUGACAAUCAAGAACGGAACGAAAAACACGGAUAAAAAAAACAGUCGGAAGUGAGUUGUGACAAUCGAUCGGCCAGUGGUUAGUGGGAAAAGUUAGCGAAGUUUUUUCUUCGUGGAAAUUAGUUACAGAACAAAACAAAGUGAUUGAAGAGUGAUUCGGAGAAAAGUGGAUUUUGGACUCGCGCAGCGCGGGAUGAAAGUCGGUCUCCGUUGCUGGAACACACGUACUCAGGAUUAGCAGAGCUCUCGAAAGGACUCUAGUCAGAGCAGAAACAGCGAACGAUGCAAAACUACGAUUCAGUCAUGUCCAGUUCGCUUCCGCAGCAGCCCAACGCAGGCGGAUGGUACGAUAUGACCAUCAAAUCCGAACCAUUGGACACUACGAACAGCUACGCGCAUCAGUAUUCGACCUCGAAUCAUCUUCAUCAUCACCAGCAGGACACUCCGAUGUCCCACUCGAGUCCAACUUCCCCCCAGAGCGUGGACAGUAUGGAUUCUUUGAGUGGUCGGAGUCAGUACUACGACAGUAAACCAGUCGGCAAUAAUGGACUGAUGCACGGCUACAAUCCACUGGGUUUUAAUCCGUUAACACCGCCCGGAUAUGCUGGAAUGUUCAUUCCUCCGCAACAAAACCAACAACAACAGCAACUGUCGCGACAAUCAACUCCAAAUCGUAACUACGGGAAACAGCAGGACAGCGGAUAUGUGUCUUCUACCCUCACUCCAACUCACACUCCACCGAUGGACGUGACGCCGCCAAAGUCCCCCAAAGAUAGCGCCGAAACUCCAGAAAAGUUGGAGGAAGAUAUCGGAUCCGAUUGUGGCGAAUCCUACGAGGGAAGUGACGAUGAAGAAGGAAUCCGUAAGCCUAAAAUCAACUCCCACGGAAAGGUGAAGAAGUUCAAGUGUAAGCAGUGCGAGUUUAUAGCCGUCACUAAGCUGAGCUUCUGGAAGCACUCCCGGAGUCACAUUAAGCCGGAGAAGAUGCUAACCUGCCCGAAGUGCCCCUUUGUAACCGAGUACAAACACCAUCUGGAAUAUCACCUCAGAAAUCAUCAGCAGUCGAAGCCAUUCCAGUGCACGAAGUGCAGCUACAGUUGCGUCAACAAAUCGAUGCUAAACUCCCACAUGAAGUCCCAUUCCAACGUGUUUCAGUUCCGCUGUGCGGACUGCAAUUAUGCCACCAAGUACUGCCAUUCCCUGAAGCUGCACCUCAGAAAGUACGCCCACAAACCUGGCGUCGUUCUAAACAUGGAUGGAACUCCUAACCCACUACCGAUAAUCGACGUCUACGGAACGCGCCGAGGACCGAAAUCCAAACCACAAAAAUCGGAUUCUAAAGGGGAACCUCAGCAACCCUCGGAAGCACCUCUAACACCGAUAAACCACCAACCACCGCCCAAUCAAAACCCAUUCACACCACCGGGCGGUGGUCAGUCCUCAAACCUCGCAAGAAAUUUGCUCCCGCAUCAACUGCUCCAAAGCCCCCUAGCAAACAUGUUCAAAAACGCCGCCUCCAACAAUCUACCUCUCUUCCCGUACCUGAACCUCAACUUCCAGAUGUUCGCUGAUCAGCAAGCAGCCAUCGCCCAACUCUCACCUAACUUCCGCCAGCAGUUCCCCGCCCAAUUCCACGAGAAACUUCACAGCGAAGACUCCACUGAAAGCCCAUCCAAGCCGAACUCCUCUCCGUCCUCAUCCGCUUGCUCAAGCAUCACCAGCAACAACCACCAGACUAGCUUGAGCGAGGAACUACUCAAGCAAAUCACCGCCGCUGCAGCGGAUAGCUCCAACCUAAAGUCGGAAUCCCACUCAGCCGCGGACACCGACAUGGACUACCAAGUAAGCGAAGAUCUAUCCCUGCCGCUGGAUCGAUCAAUCGCCACACCCAACACCCCAUCCUCCAGCAGUGCCGUUACAUCCGCCAACAAUGCCCCCAAAAGCGGAGGACCUACCGCAAGCAGUAGCAGCAACAGCAAGAACCGUCGCAAGGGACGUGCCUUCAAGUUGGAGCGAUUAAACGACUUCACCAAAUCGUCCGCAACCUCCAUGGACAAUCAUCACUCGGAUGAAGACAACUCGAUCGAUGAUCCCACCGACGCACAAUCCGUACCUAAUCCACUCACCAAGCAGCAGCAGCAACAGCAGGACCAAACCACCGAAGCGAAGGAAUUGACGGCGCAAUCGACCCAAACGACGACGCAAUCGUUCGAGUGCAAACACUGCGACAUCAGCUUCAAAGACGAGGUCAUGUUCAUGAUCCACAAAGGUUACCACGGGUUCGACGAUGUCUACAAGUGCAACAUGUGUGGCGAGAAAAGCAAGGACCGGGUUGCGUUCUUCCUGCACAUUGCUCAGAAGUCGCAUUAAAAACUCAGUUAGAAUUAACUCAUGAAAAGGUGGUGGUGGUGUACAAAGCUAAAAAUAAGCCGGCAGAGAAGCAUGUAAAAACUAGUCGUUGUUGGACAAUUGUUUACCUCAAACUCAACACUCCGAGUGAAGACUGAAGUAGCAGCUACGAGCAAAAUAAUCAAAAAAAUCCAUUUUUCCUCUUUUUUUGUUAGUUUGAUCUGAGACAAACCUAAGAUUACGGAGUAAGUUUGCACAGACUUUGUAAAAAUACGAACCAAAUACUAAUUAGGUGAUCGAGAAAAAAGGGCAUUCUAAACAAAAUCAAAACAGAGCAAAAAAUCAAAGAAUAGCGUUAAGAUUUAUUGCUAAAUUAUUAAUGGUUAAGACUACCAGCGGUGAGACGAACGAAUUGUUGUAAGUUUAAAGUUAUUCAAACUGGCUACCUGUAUUUAUU